UUUUAUGAUGGCUCUUCGCUCUCAUCUUCUUCCCUGACAAGAAGGGAGAAGGGUUAUAAAAACGGCGUGCCCGGAUGCCCGUUACAUCAUCACCGCCAUCAUCUAUAAUCCGAGAAAGCAAUUGCUAUACUAUCUCACACAUGGAACCUUUGCAUCUGGACGUUCCAACCACCCAUCACGUAUAUGAAGGGUCGCACGGCGAGAGAUACAGCCCGCCCAUUUCAGGCUCCGUUCUGGUGCCAGUAUCCUUGUUGGACUUUGAGCAGGCGGAGUACCCCAACGUGACUGUUAGUCUGCUUCGAACUGUGACUUUGCGAGACAAUGAGCUGGCAUCCAAUGGCCAAAACGACAACAAAAAGGGCGAUUUCCUGCAGCGGAUCCGCAGGAAACGCGUACCUCAAACUCAGACUAUCGUCACUCAACAAAAGGAGGGAAGCAGUACGGUAGAGACGCUGGUGCAAUGUCAGCUAUGGCAUUCCCCAGAACCAGUCGAGUUGUAUGAGUCGGGCGCAGCUGUGCUGAAGUUUCUUUUCUCGAUACCCGUUCCAUUUGGCACAUCAGGCACGACAGAGACUCCGUUUGGGGGGUUGUCAUAUGCUGUGCGCGCUGCGGUCACUUUCCCAUCUGGAAUGGCAGUGGACGCGACCAAGGACGUCCAAAUCCUCUCCCAGAUCGUGACUGGCCCCAGCCAGACUGUUCGGCAUUUUAAAAAAUAUACUGGCGAGCGGUUGCAGUCGGAGUUGUCUCUGACCCCGGAGCAACCGACCGAUCCCAAAGCUAAGCUCGCAUACUCUGCGAAGUUGGUGGCCCGUGGCACUACGGCGCGGGGUGCUCGUCCAACUGAAAGGAAGCAGUUCUUUGUUCGAGAGGUCCAAUGGAGCGUUGAAGAGACGGUGAAGUUGAUGAAAGUCUCCGGCGGUGAAAAUCCUGACGGAGAGAACAUCACUUGGAAGGAGCAAUCCGUGCGUCAGCUGUGCUCGGGAAAGCAACAGGGUCGCUGGGCUCCGAAUAAGAAACUAUCGGCCCAGCAGCGAAAGCUCCACGAAGAUCAUGACCGAAUUGACGUACAAUUUAAUAUAACUAUCCCCAGAAGUGCAUCCACCGCUGAUGGACCGGAUCUUUCUUCAUGCACCUUCGACUCUGGAAAACCAUGUCGACACGUGACCCCUUGCAAGUUUAACGAGGAGUGCGCUGAGUCCAGAGGCGAGAGGACAACAAUCAUGGUUGAUCACCGGUUAAGGGUUCAUCUCAUCGCUGGAGAAGACACUCUGGACGACAAGACAGGAGAUCUCAUCAACCGACGGCAGUUUGCGAAAGCAUUCACCACGUGCUACACACUCCCGAUUCAUGAAGUGGCUGGCCGAAAUGCCAUCCCGGAGGGCACCUUCCACGGCAACAGCGCUCCUCCAUUAUACGAAGGAGAAUCUGCUAUGCCUCCUGCAUAUGACUUUGAUGCCCAAUACGCACCCCCUUGUUAUGUUUAAUUCCUGCUCCAUUCUACGUGAUAUCCAUCCCCAUGAUGACCGUUUCGUUCAUUUCAUUUGUUGUUUCCCCUUUCUUUUUUAAUUCUUUAUAAUUCCCAAUCUGCUCUUUGCUGCCCCAGUUGUUAGAAAGGCCCCCACUAUUGAGGGAGGUAUGAUGUUACGAUUUCACUUCUGUGGUUAUGUUUGUUUUCUUUUGGUUUGCUAGAUUCGUUUUAGACUUGACAGGGCUUGGACGGCGCAAGAUUUCGCACUACAGAUAGAUCGCUAUAGAUAGAUCCCCAUGUUUAUAAUCCUAAUAACUCGAUAUUUUCUAUUCUAGAAUUGAUAUAACCAUUUGCAUUUAGC